CGUUGCCCGUGAGGCGAGACCGGUGUUCACAAAAGGACAGAUCUGGUGGGGAAGAGGAAGUAGAGUUGGGGUCCUACGUUCCACUGAAUCUUGCAGUGAGGAUCUCUGCUUUGGCUGUUCCUGUUAAAUGUUUUUAGUCCGAUCUUGGAUGAAAAUGGCAGCCAACAAUGCAGUUUUGAACAGACUGGAGCAGAAGGGUGCAGAAGCAGAUCAAGUUAUUGAAUACCUUAAGCAACAAGUUGCUCUUUUAAAGGAAAAAGCCAUCUUGCAGGCAUCCUUAAGGGAAGAGAAGAAACUUCGUGUAGAAAAUGCUAAACUGAAGAAAGAAAUAGAUUUGCUGAAGCAGGAAUUGAUCCAGGCAGAAAUUCGAAAUGGAGUGAAACAAGUCUCAGUACCACACAGUGAAACAGCUUCUACAGCUUCAUUUUCAGAAGGCUUCUCUCAGCCUCCACCUGCUGCAGCCGCCACACCUGGUGCCAAAGACCAAUCUAAAGGAGCAGGCGAAGAAAAAAAGAAAAAGGACAAAGCAGAAAAGAAAGGAGAAAAGAAGGAGAAAAAGCAGCAGUCGGCUGCAGGCGAUGACUCAAAGCCUAUAGAUGUUUCUCGGCUUGAUCUCCGUAUUGGUUGCAUCACAACAGCAAAGAAGCAUCCAGAUGCUGAUUCUCUGUAUAUUGAAGAGGUUGAUGUUGGAGAAGCAAGUCCUAGAACGGUUGUCAGUGGUCUAGUAAAAUUUGUUCCUUUAGAAGAGAUGCAGAACCGUGUGGCAGUGUUCCUCUGCAACCUGAAGCCAGUGAAAAUGAGAGGAGUGGUGUCCCAGGCCAUGCUUAUGUGUGCUAGCUCACCAGAGAACGUGGAGAUUCUGAUCCCUCCUCCUGGGGUUGUUCCUGGAGAAAGAAUCACAUUUGAAGGCUUUUCUGGUGAACCUGAGAGAGAACUUAAUCCCAAGAAGAAAAUGUGGGAGCAGAUCCAACCUGAUCUUCACACUAAUGGCCAGUGUGUUGCUACAUACAAAGGAGUGCCAUUUGAAGUGAAAGGAAAAGGCGUGUGCAGGGCUGCUACCAUGGCCAACAGUGGAAUCAAAUAAAUUAGUGGUGGAAAAGCCUGAGGUCAUUUUGAAUGGAAAACAAUGUGAACACAAUUAAAAACAAAUAUUGCCUCACUCAAAA